CCUCACUGGAAGUGACUUUUGUUUGCUACUCCCGAGGUCUCUGUCUCUGAAUAGCGAGUGGUGGUGGACAGAGAAAGAGAAACACUGUGCGCACCAACCUCCACUGUCCAAGGAGAUCACACACACGCAAAACACACACCACCUUCAACUUCGCCUUCGUUUUCCGUUCUAGCUCAAACGCGCUAUCUUUCUCUAGGCUUCUUUUUCGAAGCUGCUACUUCUGUGACUCUGUUUCUCUCUCUGGCUCCUAACUUGGCUUAUCAAGCUUAUUAAUGUGAGGGAUUGUAAUCCGAAUAAGGCUGUGUUGUUGUGUUGUGCGUGAGAAAUGGAUCCGCCGGCGAUGAUGAACGAGGGGUCGUUUACGAGCGCGAAUGCGGCGCCAUACAACCUGGCGGAGAUCUGGCAGUUCCCGAUGAAUGGCGGCGCGGGGGUGGGGGAGUUCGGAGGGGGAUUGGGGCUGAGGAGCGCGCAGUUCGGGGACGUUAGCGGUGCGAAUCGUGACGUUUCGGGCAGUGAUCCGAUGAGUUUGGACCUGAGAGCGAAUCCCGGCGGUGGUGACAGAGGCGGUGCCAAUGGCGGUGGUGCGAGGAAGCGGCGUGAUUUGGAGGACGAGUCCGCCAAGGGCGUCUCCACCAGCAAUGGCAAUGGCAAUGGCGCGAAUGACUGCGAGGGGAAGCGGCUGAAAACACCAGGAUGUGGGGAUGAGAAUGGUGAUUCAAAAGCUGAAGCAGAAGGCAGUUCAGGCAAGCGUGUGGAACAGAAUACUCAACCAGCGGCGGAGCCGCCCAAGCAAGACUACAUCCACGUACGAGCAAGAAGGGGUCAAGCUACUGACAGCCACAGUCUAGCGGAAAGAGCUAGAAGAGAAAAGAUAAGCGAGAGGAUGAAAAUUCUCCAGGAUCUGGUCCCUGGUUGUAACAAGGUUAUUGGCAAAGCGCUGGUUCUUGAUGAAAUAAUUAAUUACAUCCAAUCACUACAGCGUCAGGUUGAGUUCUUGUCGAUGAAGCUUGAAGCAGUUAAUACAAGAGUGAAUCCUGGUAUUGAAGUUUUUCCUACUAAAGAUACAUUUGAUACUGCUGGCAUGGCAUUUGGUUCACAAGCUACAAGGGAGUACACUCGUGGGUCUUCACCAGAGUGGUUGCACAUGCAGGUUGGUGGUGGUUUUGAGAGAACAACAUAGUCGAUGAAGUCAUCAUCGUUCAUGCCCCAAAAGGAAAAGAAAAAAAAAAAAAAAUGAAGUACUUGAUUAGUAAUAAAAGCAUUAAGAAGCAAUGCUUACUCCUUCAGUGGUUGCCACUGAAUAUACCCCCAUAUACCCCAACAUAUUAAACCAAAAAGAGACGCAUCAGGCAUGGAGCUGUGGAAUUGCUGUCUAUAAGACUGCCUUUUAAGUUACUAUAUGAACAACUCCAUUUGUUUGUGUGUUGGAAUAUGAAUUCUUUUGCUUCAUAUAGUUUGUACUUUGUAGCAGGCUUCAAAGUUGUCUCUCUGCUAAUACCCAAUCAUAACCCUUCAUUUUGGAGGUCCUGACUGAGUUGACAACGGGCCUUUCUUUCUUGGUAAAAAGUCUUUCAUGAAUUUCUACUGCA